GUAUACAAACAGCGGAUGUACAGUACAUACUCACGUCGAGCGGAACGAAAUGCGCCGGGCACGAGCGUAUUGAUUCGGCCGGAAUGACGUCACGGAACUUUCACUCGAUCCCUCCUCCUUUUGAAGCGUUUUUGAUGACAAAUGCACACUCCAAAGUGCUCAGCAGGAUUGGCUUACGCCUGUCGAUGACAGGAUCCAUUCAUUUUCACUCGAUCCGUAAAAGAGUUCCUCUAGUUUCUCCUUUUCAUUUUGAUUGCUGUCAUUAAAACCCGUUGCGGAAUGGCACCGUCAUACGGUUCGACAUCUUUUUUAGCCGCAAACGCCAGACCAGGUUGAAAAGGUGUUAUCGUAAAAAAAAAAAAAAGGAAAAGGUUGCCCCAACUCUUGUUUGUUUUAUCGUCAUCAAAAAGGCCACAGUCCUGAUAACGGUAAAAUCAACUUAUCUUUCUGCCUAGCCAUGCAAGAAAACGAACUGUGGCCAUCACUUAGGGCGGCAAGAAACAACAAAAUUCCUAAAGAAAAUUUAAAGUGAAACGAUGCAUCAGUCUAGAAGAGUUCUUAACGAGUUUCUAGAACACAGCUCAUUGCACCAAGGGUUGUUAGAGGAAAACAAAAACAGAAGACAAAAUAAAAUAAAAAAAACAAAAAAACAAAAAAAAACAAAACAAGUUGGGCAAGGCAACAACCACUGACGUACAGACAAGCAUUAGGACGAAGGUUGCCUGGUCCACCGGUGCAAAGGCAAAGUUUUGACACGCAAGCGCGAUGGGCACGUAACGAUGGGGGGUCGAAGUAGUUGCAAUGGCAGGGACAGUUGUUCAUUGUUUGUUGCCUGCAGUGCGUCAGUGGUCGGCUAACGCGACGCCAUCGUCUUGUUCUAUUGUGCCCAACUCUGUGCUGAGUAAGCAAACAGAAAACGCAAAGUGUGUGCGUUGUGUGUCAGUGCUCACUUCUGCGUGCCCGUUUGGUUGUGGAGUACAUCCAUUUGAGUGCCAACCUAUGCCAACAGUCUAGCAGACACAAAAUGGUUGAUGCUGUUGCCCAACAAACCGUGUAGCAAGAUCGAUCCUGCAGCGUUAGCUCCAAUCGUUGGAUGUUGUGUUUCUCUUCUUCUCGUGUAUACGUCCAUAUCUUACCCACUUCAACAGCACAAUCUGCUCCUGAAUUUAAAAAUAAAAAAAUCAAUCCAGGAAAACUUGCUUGCACUAGCUCAAUAGAAAACAAAAGUUCUAAAAGAGAGAGAAAAAGGGGAAAAAAAAAAAAGAAACAAAACAAACAUGACGAACACGGAAGAAACACUGGCUGAAGUAACGCUGGAGGAAGAAGUUCAGGCUUUGAACACGCAGCCUUCCGGGCGCGUGCCUCGACACAUAGACGACACGGCCGAUACGGUGCUAUCCGAGUUUCACGAGAGAGCCAUCAGCGAGUGCGCAAUCGGACGAUUCCACGGCAUAUUGCUGGCCGCCUGCGGAAUGGGAUUGGCAGCCGACACGGCCGAGCUCUUGGUGCUGGGUUUCGUUUUACCGAGUGCCGAGGUGGAUUUCUGCAUCAGUCAAACCGAAAAACGGAUUCUUGGCGUUGUGACGUACACGGGCCUUGCGACGGGCGCGCUAUUGUGGGGAUGCAUGGCGGAUCGGGUCGGACGGAGGAGAACACUUUUAACGGCCAUGACGCUGGCAGCAAUUUUCGACUUGAUGGCCGCUCUUAUGCCCACUUUUGGCACCUUCCUCACCGCCCGUCUACUCGGCGGAAUUGGACUGGGCGGUUCGCUGCCCAUACUCAUCGCUUACUUCAGUGAAUUCAUCCCGCGGCCGCAAAGAGUCAAGUUCUUGAGCGGGCUCCUCGCUUGCUGGGCCUUUGGAGGCAUUUAUGUCGCCCUCAUGGCUUGGGCCAUCCUGCCCAAAACAGGUGUGAUGGUGGUGCUGGAUGGGCAAGAACAUUUUAGCGCUUGGCACAUUUUCUUGAUUGUUUGCGCCAUUCCCACGCCGCUGGCCGUCAUUGGGCUACUGGCGCUGCCCGAGUCACCGCGCAUUCUACUGCAAAUUGGGCAUGAAAGCGAGGCACUCGUCAUUUACCAAAGAAUAUUUCAAAAGAAUCAUCCCAAGCUGACUGUGGAUGAAUACAAGGUCUCCGAAACAGAUCUGCCAUCGUCUCAGAAACACAAACUUAGGAGAGAAAAUAGCCAAGACAAGGACCAGGCUAGGCCUCAUCCGACGACCGUCAGACAGAAAUCUAUUCUUUCGGUUCUGUCCUACACGUUGGCCAAUUUUGGAUCGCUCAUCUCGAAAAUUUUUGCUGCUAAUCACAGACGAGCCACGCUUCCGCUCCUCGUCACUUGGAUUUUCGCUUCGUUUGGGUACUACGGACUGUCUCUUUGGUUCCCGGAAUAUGUAAAAUAUCUAAAGGGACAAGACUUUAAACUCAAAUCUUCGACGUUGACCAACGUUAGCUACGCGGACGUCCAAUUCAAUCAGUCAAUGGAGAACGUGAUCUACGUCAACGGUCGUUUCACCAACGUUCGUUUCGAAAACUUAAUCCUCAAUCACGUUGUUUUCGAUUCGUGCUACUUCGAUCGUGUUUCGUUCAUCAAAAUCAAAUCUAGCCGGUCCCUGUUCCGCAACUCCACUAUUUUAAAGUCAACCUUCGUCGACACGGAUUUCUUUCCCUAUCGCUUCGAGAGUUGCACCAUGGAGGGCACUACGUUUGACAGCAUGGAUGCGUUCUGUGCCCUCGACUUCGACUACAACAUUCAUCUGGGAGAAGUCUUCCUCGAACAUUUAAUAGGCGAGGUCGCACUCAUUCCUGGCCUUGUCUUGGCUGCCGUCCUCAUGGAUCGAUUUGGACGCUCCAGGCUUAUCAGUCUAUCCCUCCUAACGUGUAGUUUGUUAACACUUACGUUAGCGGCUGUUAAAUCUCCAGAGGCUGUCAUUGCAGUCGAAGCAGCCUUCAAUGCCGUUUUCGCUGUCGGAUUGGCUUCACUGACGGUGGCCUCUACAGAGACAUGCCCCACAUCUAUCAGAGCGACUGGUUGGGGAUUGAUAAACACCUUAAGCCGUGGCGCCGGACUUGCAGGACUCUUCGUCUACGAUUCAAUGCUCGAGUGCACGGUGCUGGCUUCUUGCUUCGUGACGUCCGGCGUGAUGUUGACGUCGGCCGUGGUCAGUCUUCUGAUCGUUGAAACGCGUCACACACUCCUUUAAUGCAAUUGAGAAGAAAACCGAUCUCACUCAUUCAAGUUCCUCUUCUCAUGGCUUGGACCCAGCCGAUCAGCACGUGCCAUCCUCAAAUCCAAAACUUACUGUUGAAAUGUCAAAUACGAUCAUGUGUUGACUCUCCUCAUUGCUCCCCUUAUACGUCUUUAGACCACUACAUUUGGAAUGUUGUUUUUUUCUCUCUCUCAAUUUAUGGGAAAUGUUUUUAUGUGCUGCUGUUGCCUCUUCUUUUUCGUUUUUUUUUCUCUUGUUUUUAGUGUAUAAUCAAGAUCGGUUUAAAGGUGCACCAGCUGCGCUCACUCUGGUUGGAUUUUACCAACAGCGUUGCUGGGCACGACUUCUUACGAAUCGUCCGCUGGAACGGUGACAAUUUGAAGCAGGAGGAAUUUUAUCAGAUGAAAAGGCUGACAUUUAAUUAAGCCAUGUUACGUUUUCCUCCUUAAGUUGAAACUCUUCAACAGCUCGUCUAAAACCAAAAGGUAAACGCCCUGGUCAGCAUGGACUGCUCAAUCCAAAAAGAGAAAAAUAGAAAACACGAUACCCGUGUAAAAAGAAUUAAACAAAAAUAAUAAUAACGAAAAAGGAUGACGUGUGACUCGUCAAAUGCUCGUUUCAUGUACCACAAUGAACAUUGAUAUGAAUAAAAAUUGGAAAAUUGAA